CCAAGAAAGCUCUACUAGUCUAGGUUGAGUUUUUUAAAGCUAAAACAUCCUGAAUUUCCGGGAAAUUGUAAGGGCAAUUCGAAAGGUCAAGGGAAUUUUCCCUUGUUUGCUUACGCUCUUUGAUUCAUUCAUUAGACAACUGCACUACCUUGUUUGACUCUCAGUUCUCAGCUAUGACUUGGUUUACUUUAAGGAUUCCUUGCCCGAUAUCUGGCUGCCCAAACAACGCCAAGAUGAUUGACUGGGUCUGUGCAACAGACAAGACAACAAUGCAAGUUUGCGAGCAAGGUCGUUUGAGAUGCUCGCGCUGUUUUAGUCCUCACGAGGACCAAAUUGUGAAGUGGAAGUUCGACUGCGGAGACCGGAUAGGGCCACAUCGUAACAAACACUAUUUAUACGCGGACUUCGAGGGGUUUGCACACGCUAUGGCCAUUGGAGUCGCGCAUUUGUCAGAAGCAGGGGCGGCUUGGGUCACGAAACUAGUGGUGGAGGUUGAAAGACAAUACAAGCCUUAGCAUCCAGACUCUAUUCUCAGUCUUAUGACAUUAUAAAGUUUAUCAAUCGAAUUGUGAAUGUAGUAAAAUUUGUUGUUCAUGAAA